GUUAUGCGAAUCAUGGUUGGCUUGAUACCCAUCAUACAUUCUCGUUCGCAUCCUACUUUGAUUAUAAAUUGCAAGGUUUCGGAUCCCUAAGAGUGAUCAACGAAGACAUAGUGCAACCUACCACUGGAUCUGGAACUCAUCCACAUCGAGAAUUUGAAAUUUUCUCGUAUAUUAUUUCUGGACCUAUAUCAAUUGCACAAUAUAUGAAAGAGGUGUUGACAAGUUCCCUUAGUGGUUACUAUAUGGUGGGUGAUGUAUUUGGCAGACAAGGAGAUUUU